CAGCCACUCUCUAAUACAACUUCACCAAUGAACGAGAAUCCUGAUGUCGAGAACCAACAGAGCACCUCAGGUUUUGUGAACAACCAAAACACAACUGAGGUCCUAAAUGAAGCUGCACGGCGUCUAGUCGAAACGAAAAUAAAAGAUGUAAAGAAUGAACAGAAGAAGAAACAGGAUAUUACAUUCAGUCUUGAUAAUCCCAAGGAAAUCUUGAAAGAGGCUCCCAGCGAAGCGGAUUUGCAAGCAGUAGACAACAAUGUUGACGAAGCGACUUUGUUCAAGUCGAAACCAAAGGCACCUGAACGUUCUAGAUUGAUUAAACUCAAUCCAGGUAACAAAGUCUCCAGUGUUUCUAUUUCCAGCAAACCCAUCCAACCUACUCCUGAUGAAGUUGCUGUGAACAAUGUGAGUACGGAUGCUACUGAGAAUGCACCAAAUGAUGAUAACGAUCAAGUUACACAAGAGAUUGGCAAUCAGGAAGACACCGUCCAACAAUACCGUGAAAUGGUGAAACAGGGCCGUUUUGAUCCAGUACAAGAUUUGCCAUUCUGUUCACCUCAGGCAGCUAUAUUCAAAGAUUUAGCUCAACCAUUGUGUCUAGCACUAACCGAAUUACUUAUCAUUAGACCAAAGAAUCCUAUUAUGUAUCUGGCUAUCUGGUUAAGAAACUAUUCAAUGAACAGUUCAAAAUUUGACUGGGUUAUACAUUCCGGAUGA